AUGAUGAAUUUUUUACGUGGUAAUAAUUUGAACAAGGCCAAGUUAUGGGUAUGCAUAAAGAGAUUGUUAGAUAAUAAUAAUGCAUCGAUAAAUGGAUCGGUUGAUAAAGAAAAUAAAAAUAUAAAUCAAAACAACAAAAAAGAUGAUAAUGAAAUAAUCAAAAAAGUCAAGAGGAUAAUCGAAGAGAUUGGGAAAGUGAUUCUGAAGUUCCCAAAAGAAGUAGAAGAAGAAGUGAUGAUACAAUUACGUGACAAUCCGCAUAUUUUUAUGUUUGAUAUAUUAUUACACGAUGAAGAGGAGGCAUCUUUCCUUAUUGAAUACGUCCAAACGAAUAUAAUGACACAUAUUUAUGAUUGGCUGAGUCUAUACCUACCAGAGGAAGUUGUUGAUAAUGCAAGGAAAGAUAGAGAAUUGAUGAUAGGAUUUUUGAUGCAGCAGGAAGAAUGGCUACUAGAAAAGCUUGUGAAUAAAGUGUUUGAGACUAGGAUGAGACUUAUCUUCAAACCAUUCCGAAGAUUAUUUCUACUUUAA